AGAGAAGAUUAUGAGGGAUUGAGAGGUUGAAAAUGGCAAGAAUGAGGGAGAAAGACUGUGCUCGAGAAAUGUGCUCGAGCGAAAAAGACACCCCAUCCGGUUAAAAUUUUCGAUUUUGAUAUUUCGAUUUUGAUAAAAAAAUCAGGGAGACAGGAUGUUGUAAGUGAAAAGUCAUCCUGUCACGUGAGUGGGUUCUUGUUCCUCUUCUUGUGUCCCAUGUCCACGACUGAUUCAAAAAGGACAGAAGUGCAUUCAUCAUUGUACGACUAUCUUCAAUCAUAUGGUUUUGUAUUUUGUUUACUAGUGAUUUAGAUUUUCAAAAUUUGAUUUUGUUCUUGCUGUAGUGUGACCUUGAGAAAAAGUAAGCGGAUCAUGGACGUUUCAGACGUGGUGGAGAGGUGCCAGCAAAGGUUGGGGCAAGACGGCUUUUCGACAGCGGUCGGGGAGAAGAGCACUUCUUUCACUCGAAGUUCGCAGGAAGCAAGCAGUAGCAAAGAGCCGCCAAUGGGUACUCUUCCACCUUCGAGAAUAUGCACGGGUUCUGCGUGGUUUCGGGACGCGUUGAGGCUGCGGAACCGAGACUCGACGUCGACAUCGAGUUCUAGUUCUUCAUCAAAAAUGCGGAGUUUUGCGGAGGGGAAAGACGUGGAAAUACAGGAGAUAAUAAGACCGGCGCAGAUGAUAAUUGCAGUUUCCAAGACCGCAGUUCAACACGGUGUUGAAAUAGCUGACUCGCCAUCAACAACAACAACAUCAUCUUCUUCGAGGAGUAGAAGAAGCGGCCGAUGCCUGCAAAGGCAUCAAGUAAAUCAGAUAGGAGGAGACUUCGACGCCUGGUCAUCAACUAGCAAAAGGAGCUCAUCCAGAUCCACUACUGCCUCACGAAAAAAGCGUCCAAUAUUCCUAGCAGCAAUCCUGUCAUGGAUAUUUACUUCCUCGAUUCGGCUAGUUGCGGCUCAAAAUAUCAACGAGCAAGAUCCCUGUGCGCAUCAUGCGUACCCAGAAAUGGGGCAAACGGAGAAUCAGCUCACAGACGGUCAAUCUGUGCACGUGCCACAGAUCGUCGAGAAUACGACGCAUAGGUCAAAAAAAUUUCUUACACCACCAUUCUUUUGUCCCAGGUACUUCUUCGUCACCCUGCGUAAUAUUUCACAAACCUCUAUAAUUCUAUCUUGUUCCCUGAUUUUUAGUUUUUAAAAUGAUCCUUCUAUAAAAAUCCUUUUCAUCAGGUAUUUCUUCGUGACCCGCAAUGCUACCCUGAUGCAUGUUGCUGACGAGUUCCGCAAGCUGAUUAUCAAUCUCGAGCCUUGCAAGGGUGUAGUGUAUCUGUUUGUGCGAAAAACGAGGAAAUGCUAUCCAAAUCCGUACUCAUGCAUGCGGUUUCAGCCUCAAACGGAGGGAUCCAGCGAGGAAGUUUUGUCGCAUCCAGACGACUGCCAGUGGACCCACUACCUGUCCGUGAUAGACGGGACACGCGAUGGCGCACCGACGUUCUUCGAGUUGCCGCUGACCAGUACGCGGUACUACAUAGCAGUGUAUGCGAAAGAAACGAGUUCCUACACGUUGACGGUUUUGUCGGAUAUCGGAGCAUGGCCGCGACCCGGAAAUGAAGGACGAUUGAUGGCUACGCAAUUGCAGGAAUUGCAGGUGCAAAUAUCAUGGGAUACGGCUUACUACAAACCGACUGGAAUAACGGAUACGAGGAGAUAUUGGGUCUACUCAACCAUGCUCUUGGAGAGAGAUCAAAGAACGAAUGCGGCAGUGUUCUUGACCAAGAGGAAAAUUAUGAAUACGGUAUUAUCUUCAAUAGGAAGCCACUGCAUGGGUUGGGUGAAAAAAAACCUCUCGAUAAAAACAGGGAUGUAGAUGAUCAUCAUAAUAAGUAUUCAUAUUCUAGAAAAUCAAAUGAACAUCAUGAUCAUUCACCUAGUAAAAGACGUUCAGAUUCGAAUGCUUAUUCAACAUUACUCUACCACCAUCAGGUCUGCGGUCUGCACAACAACACCGACCGACCUGCGAGUCCCACUGCUAUUCCCGCUUCUCGUUGCUCCGGUGGAAAAUGCAAUGCCACGAUUGAUGGUGUCGUCACCGGCAAACGAUACGUCUUCAACGUUAUUGCAGAGUCGAAUCGUGGCUACAACAUGAGCUAUGCUGGCUUGAUCUUGUCCACGGACUGGCAAGUGGAGCGGCGUGCAGCGAGUCAGCAGACGCUGAUGGCAGUAGGAGGAGUGACGGGUAGCAUAUUUGCCAUGGUGAUCGUCAUCUACUCGUGGAUGGUCUCGCUCUACGGAGGAGAAAAGGCGAGGGCUUAGGCUCCUUCAUCUUGUUCCACGUGUUUUGAAGGCUUAACAUCAACACAACGACUUUUUACUUAGACAUAGAUUUAGCUGCACUAGAAGUGGAAGAAAACGUUUUAUAUUUAUACUUAAGUGGUCGUGGUCCACAACGACAGAUGACGAGUCUACGAUGUGGAGAAGAGGCUCGCUAAAGGAAUUCCCGUAUCUAUAAGGUUGCCUUUGAAAUAAACUGUUGCACUUCUUGUCUUUUACCAAAAACAACUAAAAAUGUCUUGACAAAACAAAAACUGUCACAGAAUGGAGGAAAACAUCUCGUCGAACUCAUUUAGCUAAUAUCAUGUGCAUGAUCGUUCUUUAUUAUUAUUAUCUUUUUUCAUUUUCUUAUUACAUACUGAUAUAACAAGUAGCGGCAGAAGGUCAGCUAGAAGAUAGAGUUUCACUACGAGCGCCUAGAGAGUCUAGUGCUUGCGUUGGAGUACUCUCAGUAGGCCAUGGCGUAAGUCUUGGCCUUUUCUGAUGAAUGCUUCGGCUCUCUGGCUGUGCGCCCGAGUAGAAACUCCCGCUGAUAUACUUAACCACUGAUGCAUGUUUAGAACCUCAAUUAUGCAAACUAUCGACUCUUCUUGAACUUGUUCAUGUAAGUUUCUUUGUCCCUGAAAAUACAGAAAGUAUGGUGCGCACCACCAAUUAUUACCUCCUCUGAAGAUAGAAGAUGAGAAAGGAUUUUUAGUGUCAAUUACAACAAGAACAAAAAAUAAAUACUCUAUCUUCUUGCCCGGCUUCUCUAUGAUUCAGAGCACUUCUACAU